UUGGCAGGUGCAAGCCGUGACUUCCGGCGUUGCCCGGGAGCUGCCGGAGGAGGAGCGGCGCAGGGGAUGCGGCUGUGGCGGCGGCGGUGGCGACCGAACGCGGGAGGCGGCUGUGGCGGCGGCCUGGGGCGCGAGCCGGCGAUGGCCUGGCGGCACUGAGGGCACGGGGCGGGCGGCAGCUGGAAGGCGGGCGGCGCGGGAGGAAGCGGCGGCGGUGGCUCCAUGGCCCGCGCGCGUUGAAGGACGCGGCUCUUGCCUCAACCCGGCGGCGGCGGCCGAACAAUGAAGCUCCUGAAGCCGACCUGGGUCAACCACAAUGGCAAGCCAAUUUUUUCAGUUGAUAUUCACCCUGACGGGACCAAGUUCGCAACUGGAGGACAAGGACAGGAUUCUGGGAAGGUUGUGAUCUGGAAUAUGUCUCCAGUCCUCCAGGAGGAUGACGAGAAGGAUGAAAAUAUUCCCAAGAUGCUUUGCCAGAUGGACAAUCACUUAGCAUGUGUGAACUGUGUGCGGUGGUCAAACAGUGGGAUGUAUUUAGCUUCUGGGGGAGAUGACAAACUGAUUAUGGUGUGGAAGCGGGCUACGUACAUUGGCCCCAGCACCGUCUUCGGCUCCAGUGGUAAGCUUGCCAAUGUGGAGCAGUGGCGAUGUGUCUCCAUCCUCCGGAGUCACUCAGGCGAUGUGAUGGACGUAGCGUGGUCUCCCCAUGACGCCUGGCUGGCCUCGUGCAGCGUGGAUAACACUGUCGUCAUCUGGAAUGCAGUGAAAUUCCCAGAAAUUUUAGCUACUCUGAGAGGUCAUUCUGGCUUGGUAAAGGGCUUGACCUGGGACCCUGUUGGUAAAUAUAUUGCCUCUCAAGCUGAUGACCGCAGUUUGAAGGUGUGGAGGACACUGGACUGGCAGUUGGAGACCAGCAUCACCAAGCCUUUUGAUGAGUGCGGGGGGACAACGCAUGUGUUGCGGCUGAGCUGGUCGCCCGAUGGGCACUACCUGGUGUCUGCCCAUGCCAUGAACAACUCUGGCCCCACCGCCCAGAUCAUCGAACGGGAGGGCUGGAAGACCAACAUGGACUUCGUCGGACACCGAAAAGCUGUGACUGUCGUGAAAUUCAACCCCAAAAUCUUCAAAAAGAAGCAGAAGAAUGGGAGUUCUGCGAAGCCCAGCUGUCCGUACUGCUGCUGUGCUGUCGGCAGCAAGGACCGUUCUCUCUCCGUCUGGCUCACAUGUCUGAAAAGGCCUUUGGUUGUCAUCCAUGAGCUGUUUGACAAAUCCAUCAUGGAUAUUUCCUGGACUCUGAACGGGCUGGGCAUCCUGGUGUGCUCCAUGGAUGGCUCUGUGGCAUUCCUAGAUUUCUCCCAGGAUGAGCUCGGAGACCCCCUGAGCGAGGAGGAAAAGAGCCACAUUCAUCAAUCCACCUAUGGCAAGAGCUUAGCUAUCAUGACUGAGGCCCAGCUCUCUACAGCUGUCAUCGAGAACCCUGAGAUGCUUAAGUACCAGCGGAGGCAGCAACAGCAGCAACUGGACCAGAAGAGUGCCGUAGCCAGAGAGACGGGAUCAGCUGCCUCAGUCACUGGCGUCGUCAAUGGGGAGAGUCUGGAAGACAUCAGGAAGAAUCUUUUGAAGAAACAAGUUGAGACUCGGACGGCAGAUGGUCGGAGAAGAAUCACUCCUCUCUGCAUAGCACAGCUGGACACCGGGGACUUCUCCACGGCGUUCUUUAACAGCAUCCCACUCUCAGGCUCCCUGGCGGGCACCAUGCUCUCCUCUCACAGCAGGCCGCAGCUACUGCCCCUGGACUCCGCUACCCCCAACUCCUUCGGCACCCCAAAGCCUUCCACCGAACCCGUGGCAGCAGCCGGCACCAGGCCUGCGGGCAAUUCUGUCAAUAAGGACAGCAUGAACGCUACCUCGUCUCCUGCUGCCUCAUCCCCCUCUGUGUUGACAACCCCAUCUAAGAUCGAACCCAUGAAAGCAUUGGACUCCCGGUUCACGGAGCGGUCCAAAGCCACACCCGGUGCUCCUGCCUUGACCAAUGUGACUCCGACAGCUGUUGAAAGGUUGAAAGAGCAGAACCUUGUGAAAGAGCUGAGGCCCCGGGACCUGCUGGAAAGCAGCAGUGACAGCGAUGAGAAACUUCCUGUGACCAAGCCCUCUUCACUCUCCAAGCGAAAGCUGGAGCUCGAGGUGGAGACAGUGGAGAAGAAGAAGAAAGGGCGACCCCGGAAGGACUCUCGACUCAUGCCCAUGUCUCUGUCUGUCCAGUCCCCAGCUGCUCUGACCGCAGAAAAGGACACUGUGUGUUUGUCUGUGCCAGCGCCUGCACUGAAGCUGCCCAUGCCGGGCCCCCAGAGAGCAUUCACGCUCCAGGUGAGCUCCGACCCCUCCAUGUACAUUGAGGUGGAGAAUGAAGUGACAGCAGUGGGGGGAGUGAAGCUGAGCCGCUUGAAGUGUAACCGGGAAGGGAAGGAGUGGGAGACGGUGCUCACCAGCCGCAUCCUCACUGCUGCUGGUAGCUGUGACGUGGUAUGUGUCGCCUGUGAAAAGAGGAUGCUGUCCGUGUUCUCUGCCUGUGGUCGCCGCCUCCUCCCUCCCAUCCUCCUGUCGUCCCCAAUCUCCACGUUGCAUUGCACAGGCUUCUACGUCAUGGCACUCACUGCUGCAGCCACGUUAUCUGUCUGGGAUGUUCACAGACAGGUCGUUGUGGUAAAGGAAGAAUCUCUACACUCCAUCCUGGCAGGAAGUGAUAUGACCGUGUCACAGAUCUUGCUCACACAGCAUGGAAUCCCAGUAAUGAACCUGUCUGAUGGAAAGGCGUACUGCUUUAAUCCGUCACUUUCUACAUGGAACCUGGUUUCUGACAAGCAGGACUCCCUGGCCCAGUGUGCGGACUUCAGGAGCAGCCUGCCUCCCCAGGACGCCAUGCUGUGCUCAGGACCCUUAGCCAUAGUCCAGGGCCGUGCCUCCACUUCAGGGAGGCAGGCAGCCCGGCUUUUCUCCGUGCCUCAUGUGGUGCAGCAGGAGACUACCCUGGCCUACCUAGAGAACCAGGUCGCGGCAGCCCUCACCCUGCAAUCCAGUCAUGAGUAUCGCCAUUGGCUCCUCCUCUACGCGCGGUACCUCGUGAAUGAAGGGUCUGCGGAAGAGGGAGCUACUAAAGGAGCUGCUGCCAGUCAUCGGGCAGAACCUCCGCUUCCAGCGCCUCUUCACCGAGUGUCAGGAACAGCUCGACAUCCUGAGGGACAAAUAGCUUGCCCACACCUGCCACAGCAAGGGAAAGGCCACACUCUUGCCACUGAUGACGAGCAGGGCCACCUCUCACCUUGUCGGGCUACAGUAGGUCAAGGAGACACUGGCAGGAGGUGGGCUGUCCUGCACCAGCACCAGCCCAGCAAACUGGGUAGACCUCCCCUGUGCUCCGGGCCUGAUGCUGCUCCCUUGGAAGGGGUCGGUUCUGCCCGCUACUCGUCCCUCCCUCCAGGACCCCCAUGCGGAGCAGGGGCUGGGGCCCUGCCCUGCUGCCCUGGAGUCAAAGAGGCACUCCCAGACCUACCGUCUUCAGCACGGUCCAGAGGUGGACACUAGCCCCUGCCACUGCACGUGCCGUGCUGCUUCAGCUAUGACUAAUGAGCCAUUUGUGAGAGAGAACCCUGAAAUGUUAGUGUACUAUGCAGUCAGUAGACUGAUGCAAGACCUAUGUAAAAGGAAAGGGUAUUCCAACACACAGACUAUUUUUGUACUAGAAUUUGCUAACUUGUAAUAUGGAAUUUUCCUUUUGGCCAAUAAUCAGGAUUUCCCUAUAAGUCACUUGGACAUUGGUUACUUGUAGGAAAAAAUUUAAACUCUAAUUAUGACAGCUACAUUGAAAAAUAAUUGUACUGAAAUUAACUUGUCUAUCUUCAUUUGGUUUUAAUUUUUAAAUGUUUGUAAAAAGAGACUGUUUGGGGAGGGAUGGGGGAGAGGGUGG